AUGAUGACCACAAUGUCCUACAAUAUUGACAAUUCCGGUCACUGUUAUAUUCCAGCGCCGGCACAGUUACCGUCCAGUGUUGGCCAAUCGGGGCUCAGUCUGACGAUAGGCGGCCAGAAUAUGUCGGGCGGCGGCGGUCUGAUGGAGUACGGGGGCCACCAUCAGGUGCAGCAACAACACGAUCACCCCGACACCAAGGAGGGCAUCGAAGAGUUGUGUCCCGUUUGCGGCGACAAAGUCAGUGGCUAUCACUACGGACUCCUCACCUGCGAGUCCUGUAAGGGCUUCUUCAAGCGUACCGUUCAGAACAAGAAGGUCUACACCUGUGUCGCCGACAGGAGCUGUCAUAUCGACAAAUCUCAGCGCAAGAGAUGUCCGUUUUGUAGAUUUCAGAAGUGCCUCGACGUCGGCAUGAAGUUAGAGGCGGUUCGGGCGGACCGCAUGAGAGGCGGUCGUAAUAAGUUUGGGCCGAUGUAUAAGCGCGAUAGGGCCCGAAGAUUACAACUGUUGCGACAAAAACAGUUGACUCGUCCGCAAUGUCAGGCGCCGGUCUCUCUCAAUCAUAACACCGGUGGCCGCGGCGGCAACGGGUCCGGCGAAGUGGGCCCACACUUCUUGGCCGCCCUUCACGGCGUGCCCACCACUGCCCACAUAUACAGUGCCGAUGGUAUCAAACAGGAGUUGAUUCAAAUCCCACAGUUAUCGUCAUCGACCUCAUCGCCCGACUCGUCGCCCUCUUCCGGUCAGCAGCCAUUAGCCAUCGCCAGUUCGGCCCAUCAGUUCGUCACAGUGUCCGGCGGCCAGUCGUCCGGACCGCACGUUCAGACGCAACAACAACAACAGCCACAACACCCGCCCAACGCCGUCGCCACCAUUCACUCGCCAGUGGGCGCGCCGUCCGAUCUUAUGAAAUGGGUGGCCACCGGACCGGGAGGUCAGGGAAGCGGCGGUUCGGCCAACGGAACGCCCACGAGUCUGACGCCCAAGAAUGGCGGGCACUUCCACUACGAGGGCGCGCCGUCCACUGCCACGGGUUCGCUGAGCGGCGUUACGGCCAUUCAGGUGUCGGGCGCUGUGGGAAAGAUACCGGCGCUGAUCCGCGAGUUCCAGGUGUCGGCGCCCGACGACAAGGAAUGGCAAUCGCAGCUCUUCGGUCUCCUCCAGAAUCAGACGUACAAUCAGUGCGAAGUGGAUCUCUUCGAACUGAUGUGCAAAGUGAUCGAUCAGUCCCUCUUCGCGCAGGUCGACUGGGCUCGCAAUAGCAUCUUCUUCAAAGAUCUUAAGGUCAAGUGA